AUGGCGUCCAAUAGAGAACGUUUAUUUUCCCAACUUUAUAGAAUUGUACAUGUUAGGUUAGCAUUGGUUAGCAUUGGCGGUAAGGUUCCACGGUUAACGGUCGUUAACGGUAAUUCUGAAACUCUGAAGAAACGACGCUCAUGUUUUCUUAAAGCAUGCUUUAAAAAAAAGUUGUCGUUGUAUUUGCAAAUGUGUGUAUAGUGCUUAUAUUAUAAGAGUCGACCGCGUGCUAGCAACGUGUAACGUUUGUAAGUAGUCUAGAUCCGGUAUUUAGAUAUGAGUAGAAACAACGCUGAGGUCGAGAUGCUGGAAGUCAUUAUGGACAAGAAGUCCAAGAAAAGGAAAUCGCUGGAAAUGCAAAGCGAUUUGGAGAACUCUAUUUGUCUUGGGUUAACAAAUGGUUCAGUAGAAAAAAAGAAAAAAAAGAAGAAGAAGGUGGAAGUAGAAACUCCUGUAAGUGAGAGUCAGGUCACUAAGAAAAUUAAAAAGCAUAAGUUAGAAGCAAUGGAUAAUGGUGCUGAAUCACCAUCUAAGACCAAAAAAAUAAAAAAUGAAGAAAGGGAUGCUGAAGCAUCUGGCUUAAAUAAAGAUAAGGCUACAAAGAGCAAGAAAAUGAAGAAAGCUAACGAAGGUACUGAGUUAAAGAAGGAAGCAUCGGGCAAAAGCAAAAAGGUAAAAAAAGUUGAUAGUGAUCAAGAAGCAAGUGAACAAACACCAAACAAAAGUAAAAAGGCUAAGAAAUCUAAGGAAACAAUAGCUUUUGAAGAGGCUUUGCUAAUCCCUGACAUUGUCAAACAAGGAAUUGUAGACACACCUGGCAAGAAACAUAAAUCCAGGAAAAGCAUAAUUGUUACUGAUAUUGAGAACAUCAGUGAUCCUGUUGGUGAUUAUGUACCUGAAGAUGAUGAAGAAGAUGCCCAUGAAGAUGCAGAGGAUUUGAAACAAUCAAAAACCUCUGAUAUUGAUUUCCCACUGGAAGACUUACCAAGUCUCAUAGAAAAUAUUGAAUCGUUGUUACCAACGAAGGAAAAUUUAUCUUGUAAAACUCGUUUAAAGAAAAUGGACUGGGAUAAGGUGGCAUUUAAUAGUCAUUCGGCUGCACAAUGCAAAAAAGCAUGGGACAAUAUUCUGAAAAAGCAAAGACAUUACAGGUAUAUGACUGAGAUACUUGUAGAUGUAAAAGAAUGGUUGGAAAAGGUCCAGAAUACACAUACCAACUAUUCCGAUUUUCCAAAAAAGAAACCUCUGUCUGGAUACAUGUUGUAUUUUGUUGAUCAACAGAAUCAAGUAUUUAAGGAUAGGCCUGAUAUAAAAAUGGUUGAGCGUUCACGAUUAAUAGCUGAUAGCUAUAAGCAGCUAAGUGACAAUGAAAAGAAGAAAUAUAGCCAGUUAGCAGCGAAAAAUAAGGCUGUGUAUGAACUUGAAGUUCAAGAAUUUUAUAAGAAACAUCCGCAUUUACGAAAUUCUGAUACAGGAAAGCCGCCGAAGAAACCAAUAACACCACUUGCUUUAUACAUAGAAGAUCAUCUAAAUAAAGUGAGACUUGGUGAGGAGGAAGACGCAAGUAAAGAUGAAUUGAAAAGUAGAUGGAAACUACUUUCUGAUGAAUCAAAAUUAGUAUGGAUUGAUAAAGCUGUGGAUUCGCAAAUCAAUUUCGUUAAAGAUUUAAAACGAUACAAGUCGAGCCAUCCAGACUAUUCUACAUCUAUGAGACAUAUAUUGUCUAAAGAAGAAAAGCAAUUACUUGAUAAAAGGAAUGGAAAGCCAGACAAGCCACCAACAACAGCAUACAUGCUAUUUGUAAAGAAGUGCAAUAAGAAGUAUGUAAGCGAAAUUGGCGAUUUAACUCCGAAAGAACGUUUGAAGGUUUGUUCGCAGAAAUGGCAGGAAUUGACGUCAGAUGAGCGACGAAAAUACCAAAGCAAGUUAGAAGCUCUGAAUGAAAAAUUCAAAAUUGAUAACGCAGCUUAUUUGGAAUCACUACCCGAUUAUGAACGGGAAUUGGAGAUAAAAAAUACGCCCAAAAAACUCAGGGAAGACCCACUAGACAAACUGAAAAUGGCUGAUAUGGCUACCCCCCAUUGUUGGGAAGAAAUGAAAGAGUCAGAGAAGAACAUUUACCUAACGUAUAUUACAAAAAUCAAAAAGUAUUUUGAUACGCAACAUGGAUUGAACCAUGAGGAUGGCGAGGAGGAAACUGAGGAAGACGAAAUUGACGAACAAGAAGAGGAAGAAGAAACUGAUUAGUUUAUCUUAGUUAUUUUAUACAGUUUAACUUUUUUAAUGUA